UCACGUAUUAGCCAAUCAGAAGCGAGGGGUGCAGGGGGGGCGGAUUUAUCCCGGACAAAGUCCAGGAAACAUCAUUCUGAUACCAGGACACCACCGAUAGCGUUUUUCUCGCUACUUCUCCUGCCCACUGUCUGGUCCGGUUGUGUUUCGGCGUUAGGCUGUCGAUAUGGCUGACAACAGAGAUAAGACUACUGACCAAAUGAAGAUUUGGAAGGAGAGCAGAAGCUCUCAGAAACCAGAUGUACUGACCACAGGGGCCGGCCAUCCUGUUGGAGACAAGCUGAACCUGCAGACCGCGGGACCCAGAGGCCCUCUGCUGGUCCAGGAUGUGGUCUUUACAGAUGAGAUGGCCCACUUUGAUCGGGAACGAAUCCCAGAGAGGGUGGUGCAUGCCAAAGGGGCAGGGGCGUUCGGCUACUUUGAGGUCACUCAUGACAUCACUCGCUACUGCAAGGCCAGGGUGUUCGAACAUGUCGGCAAAUCCACGCCAGUUGCUGUCCGUUUCUCCACUGUGGCUGGGGAGUCUGGGUCAGCAGACACAGUCAGAGACCCCAGAGGCUUUGCUGUUAAGUUUUACACCGAGGAGGGCAACUGGGACCUGACGGGCAACAACACCCCCAUAUUCUUCAUCAGGGAUGCCCUGCUGUUUCCGUCCUUCAUUCACUCCCAGAAGCGCAACCCCCAGACCCACAUGAAGGACCCUGACAUGGUGUGGGACUUCUGGAGCCUGAGGCCCGAGUGUCUGCAUCAGGUGUCCUUCCUGUUCAGCGACCGCGGCCUGCCGGACGGUUACCGCCACAUGAACGGCUACGGCUCGCACACCUUCAAACUGGUGAACGCCGACGGCGAGCGCUUCUACUGCAAGUUCCACUUCAAGACCGAUCAAGGGAUUAAGAACCUGUCAGUGGAGCAGGCAGAUCACCUGGCAUCCACCAACCCAGAUUACGCCAUCGGAGACCUGUUCAAUUCAAUUGCCAAUGGCAGCUUCCCGUCCUGGAGCUUUUUUAUUCAGGUCAUGACCUUCGAGCAGGCUGAGAAGUUCCAGUUUAAUCCCUUCGAUCUUACUAAGGUUUGGUCGCAUAAAGAAUACCCCUUGAUCCCUGUGGGCAAAAUGGUCCUCAACCGGAACCCAGUCAACUAUUUUGCAGAGGUGGAGCAGCUGGCCUUCGACCCCAGCAGCAUGCCCCCGGGCGUCGAGGCCAGCCCCGACAAGAUGCUGCAGGGCCGCCUCUUCUCCUACCCCGACACGCACCGACACCGGCUGGGCGCCAACUACCUGCAGAUCCCCGUCAACUGUCCCUUCCGGGCGCGGGUGGCCAAUUACCAGCGCGACGGUCCAAUGUGCAUGUUCGACAACCAAGGUGGAGCUCCAAACUACUUCCCCAACAGCUUCAGCGCCCCAGACACCCAGCCUCGGUUUGUGGAGUCCAAGUUCAAGGUGUCCCCGGACGUGGGCCGCUACAACAGUGAAGACGAGGACAAUGUGACGCAGGUUCGUGCCUUCUACACCCAAGUCCUGAAUGAGGAAGAGCGCCAGAGACUUUGCCAGAACUUUGCCGGCUCCCUGAAAGGAGCCCAACUCUUUAUCCAGAAAAGGAUGGUGGAGAACUUAAAGGCUAUCCAUCCAGACUAUGGAAACAGGGUGCAGACUCUGCUCAACAAGUAUAACGCAGAGGCCAAGAAGAACACAAACGUCCGGGUGUACAGCCGUCCAGGAGCCUCGGCUAUCGCAGCGUCCUCCAAGAUGUGAAGUGUGCAGCCCACUCACCUAUCGGAGAGCUUCUGCCAGAAACAGAGCUUUUAACCUGCUGAUCACAGAUUAUUUCUAAUCCAGUCAUUCCAAACUCAGACAUUUUUCAAAGCAAGUGAUAAUUUAAGAGGCUGACAUAAAGUGUCCUUAUUAAACAGUAAUUAGACAAUAUAUUGUUCCUUAUUACACAGUGUUAACGGGGUAAAGCCUUAAAUUGUCCCAUUGUGAUGCAGUGAUAGAAUGCCCUCUAAAACCAUGUGGGGGAAAAAAACAGCAUUCAGGUAGUUUGUUGUUGGAAUAAGAGCAGCUGUGAGUUUGUGCCUGCAGCUGGGGGACGUUUGAUGGUUGCUGUGGUGUUCAGGUGUUGCAUUUGAGGUUAAUUUUUCUGUGAAAGCUUCUUCUGCUUCAGGCGAUCACAACUUUUCUUUUUUUUGGUUGUUGACUAUGUACCUGACUGAAUCACUAACAAUGGAAAUGUAAAUUAAAACUAAACUUUUUAUUUGUAAUCAUUAAAAAUAAAUGUUCAAAUCUUUUUGUUCCCCCUUUUUUGGGUUUACUGUUAUUGGAUGUCUAAAUGUUCCACCAGGCAGAAAAAAGUUAAAUAAAUUUAUUUGACAACCGCUGAAAAAUAAUAAAAAUGUUUUGUUUGAAUAAUUCUGCCAAAUUGUUGAAACCCUUGAGCUUGAAUAACAUUUUCAACAAAAAAUAAAUGAAUUGUAAUCCUAUCAA